AUGGCAGCAGCGAACCUCUACGACCUUGACGCCACCGAGGCAAGACGACUCAUCGGCGAGCGCAAGAUCAGCUCGCUAUCUUUAGUAGAAGCAUGCAUAGCACGCAUUGAAGCUGUGAAUCCCAAGAUCAACGCAGUGGUGACGAAGGCAUACGAGCGAGCUCGUGCAGAAGCGAAAGCGGCCGACGAAGCGGUAUUAAAUGGCCAGCCUUUAGGCAUACUACAUGGGCUGCCCAUAGUCAUCAAGGACCUUAACAAGACUGAAGGCAUUCGGACGACGUAUUGUUCGCCCUUGUUCGAAAACUAUGUACCUGACCAGGACGAUACCGUGAUCGCACGUCUGCGAAGAAAUGGUGCCAUCAUACUCGGGAAGACUAAUGCACCGGAAUUUGCUUGCGGCUCGAACACCACAAAUCGUGUCUUCGGGCCAUCAGGAAAUCCCUUUGACCCUUCUCUUACACCUGGUGGCUCCUCAGGCGGCGCAGGGUCCGCUCUCGCAACGAAUAUGGUACCCUUAGCCAAUGGCUCCGACUCAGGCGCAAGCAUACGGAAUCCUGCUGCAUUCUGCGGUGUUGUCGGCCUCCGUCCAACGCCGGGUCUAGUCUCAUCUGCCGAGCGUUCUUUCUCUUUGUCCACAAACGGGGUGGAGGGCCCAAUGGGCCGUACAGUAGCAGAUGUGGCACUUCUUCUCGCUGGAAUGGCAGAGCACGACUCCAGGGACAUGAUGUCCCGGCCAAUAGACCCGAGCAUAUACCUGACCCUUGGGCAUGUUGACGUCUCCACUUUACGGGUCGGUCUCUCUGAGGACCUUGGCUUUGCUCCAGUGGAUAAGGUAGUGCGAGAGAAAUUCAGGAGCAAAGUAGAUAAGAUCCGGGGAGCUUUCGCAGUCUGCGAAGAUAGCAAGAUCAACAUGCAAGGUGCAGAAGAGGCGUAUAUGGGUGUCCGUGCCCUUUAUCUCCUGGCAGGCCAUGGAGCCAAAUAUGCAGCUAAGGACAGCAACCUUUCACCAGAAUUGGCCUGGAACAUCGAGUCGGCCCUGAAGAUGACGCCAAUGCAGUACGCGACCGCGCAUGUCGAGCAGACUCGUUUAUAUCAGGUCGUACAGGCCGCCUUCGACGAAUACGAUAUCCUGAUCACACCUGCUGUCAACGUCUUGCCAUUUCCGUGGUCGACACCGUUCCCUACUACGCUUGAUGACCGUCCCGCACGCCACUAUGCAGAGUGGUUCAGUAUUACGUAUGCUGUCUCGCUUGUCGGACAUCCAACGAUAGCCUUACCAGCUGGGCUUGAUCCUCAGGAGACGAGACGCGCCAAGCCCGACGUUGAGAAAUUGCUGGCUGGCCCAGACAUGGCUGAUGCAAAGAGUUCAGCGCUGGGCAAGGAUUGA